CCUGGCGCGCCUGCUUGUCGCUGCAAGGCGUGACCGGACCGCCGUCAUCGGAGCCUCUGGGCGUGCUCGCGCCCGCCAUGGAGAAGUACCAAAAGAUUGAGAAGAUUGGGGAGGGGACGUACGGCGUCGUGUACAAGGCGCGGGACCGGCAGUCCGGCGAGUUGGCCGCUCUCAAGAAGAUCCGGCUCGAGGCUGAGGACGAGGGGAUCCCCUCGACGGCGAUCCGAGAGAUCUCCAUCCUGAAGGAGCUGCAGCACCCAAACAUUGUGCGGCUGCACGACGUGAUCCACACCGAGAAGAAGCUCACCCUCGUGUUCGAGUACCUCGACCAGGAUCUCAAAAAGUACCUCGACUCGUGCCCCGACGGCGCGGACUCGCGCAUGAUCAAGCGUGCGCUGCUGCAGCUGCUGCGUGGCGUGGCCUUCUGCCACGACCGGCGCGUCCUUCACCGCGACCUCAAGCCGCAAAACCUGCUCAUCAACAAGCAGGGCGAGCUCAAGCUCGCAGACUUUGGGCUGGCCAGGGCGUUUGCCAUCCCCGUGCGCUCCUACACGCACGAGGUGGUGACGCUGUGGUACCGCGCGCCGGACGUGCUCAUGGGCUCCCGGAAGUACUCGACGCCGGUGGACAUCUGGUCGGUCGGCUGCAUCUUUGGCGAGAUGGCCUCCGGGCGGCCCAUGUUCCCUGGCUGCUCGGAGCACGACCAGGUGAUGCGCAUCUUCAAGGUGCUCGGCACACCGACUGAGGAGACGUGGCCGUCGAUGAUCGACCUGCCAGAGUACAAGUCGGACUGGCCAAAGUUCGAGGCCGUGCCGCUCAGCACCGUCGCGCCGAACCUCGACGCGCUAGGCCUGGACCUGCUCUCGCGCAUGCUGCGGUACGAGCCGAGCCGCCGCGUCUCCGCAAAGGAGGCGCUCGAGCACGCCUACUUUGAGGGGGUGGCGGAGGAGAUGCAAAAAGAGAUGAACUCUCCUGCCGCGGCGCCGUAACGCAGGAGUGCACGAGACACCGGUGGAGAGAAUGAGAGAUGUCAUCGAUUUUUCGUUUACGUUUUUGUACGCGCGUCUCGUCGGUCUAUUCCUCUAUACACUCAAAAGUAUAAUAAUUAGUAAUCAACUCAU